UCCUAGACUGGGCUCUGAGUUCAAAGGAAGCGAAAUUUGAUUUGCAUUAUUUGACAGAAAAACAAAUGCGCAUAUAUUUGCAAGGCUGAAAAAAAAAGUUUUUGGCUACAAUAUGGCGACCAGACGUGACCGUUGAUCCCGCCUCUCAGCUGCUCCCACAACUCCACCAAUCGGAAGCUGCUGAUCCCGCACCCUUCCGGGAUCACCGGCUCCUGUGCGUGCCAGUCUCAGCGGUGGAGAGGAGUGAUGCGGCUCGAAGAGUCCAAAGAGGUUGGUGAGAGUGGACCCCAGCAGGAGCGCAUGAGAUGCCUGGGAAUAUGAGCGAAGAGGACGGGACGAGUCGGAGCGCAUGUUUUACUUUUACAAUCGACAGCAUCUUAAACCUGAAGCAACGGCAAGACGGUGCGCGUUUGGAUGUCUUAAAGGAGCAGAGGGACAUUGGGUGUAAGAGUGACAGUCAGAGGAGAUGCAAAGAGGAGUGGGACGUCCCGAGGAAGCUUGACAGCGAGUCAGAGGAGCCAGUAAAGCCCACAGUCCAUUCAGCGGAGCGCGGGGAGAGCACCGCGCCGCCCACAGCUGCUUACUCUCCGGGGGCGCAGAGCGCGCACGGCACCGAGCCACAGGAGCAACAGCAGUCCGCCGCCGACACCAAAACCGCGGUCAAGAAGAAGACCCGCACCAUCUUCUCCAAGAGGCAGAUCUUCCAGCUAGAGGCCACAUUCGACAUGAAGCGCUACCUGAGUAGCUCGGAGAGGGCGUGCCUCGCCACCUCGCUGCAGCUCACGGAGACCCAAGUGAAGAUCUGGUUCCAGAACCGCCGCAACAAGCUCAAGAGACAGCUGUCCACGGACAUUGAGGGCCCGCUGGCCGCGGAGCACUUCUCUGAGGCGGCGAAAAAAACACAGUUUCCACGUUUUUACAAAGACAGAGGCCUGCUGAGUGGAUGUUUGUUACCGAUGCCUUUUCCCGUCGUGUAUCCGACUGCUAACGCUGCGCCUUACAUCUACUUCUCCAACUCUGGCAAAUAUUUUGGCCUGUUUGAUGCAGACUGAUGGGGUUUGUUCUCGGACACUAAAGGCGACAAUCAUCUGCGAUGCGUUUAUCAUAUCAUUUUGUUUUUUAUAAAAUUUCCGAGCUGGUUUAAAUAAUUUCUUAACAUAUCAACAAGUCCCACACAUGCAUGUGCCACUUUUUUUUUUCUUUUAUUGUUAUUAUUAUUAUUAUUAUUAUUAUUAUAUGAAGUUUAUCAUCAGCACAGAAACGAGCAUGUAUUAAAUUUCAUCUGAUCGAAUGUACCAAGCGAUGCAUCAGCUUUGUUAUACCGCAGAAAUACUCCAGUGUGUGUGUGUGUGAGCGUGCUUAUAAUUAACUGUAUUUAUAUAAGGCCUUAUUAUAAUUUUGUAACGGUUCAUGUUCAUUUGACCUUAGAUAAGACUGUUAAACUGUGAAUGCAGUUCUAACCAUGAGAUCGAUGGAUUUUGCAAUAAAAAGUGGAAUAUAUGCAAUCCACUCAGACGCUGCAACUUGAACGGAAACCCAUCUGCAUCUUUUAUUGUUACUUUAAAACUUUUCAUGUUGUAGUUUUUACUGAAAUCUAAGUCUGUUCAGGCAAAUUUGUUGCAGUAGGAAGUACUUUUUACUGUUCCAAAACGGAGAAAAUCGGCAAAUAAACUUGAAAGAAAAAGAAUAUAAAAAGAUUUUUUUUUCAUACAUCUGUCACUACUAUACUGUCAUGUAUGUAUGAUUAUAGUGCUUUGUUACAACUUAAGACGGCAUGAGAGACAGGAAAAACCGAACUAAAAAAGAAAUGAGCUCCAAAAAUUCAAUCAUUUAGAAUGAAUUAUCCCAGGCAGGUAAAAAAAAAAAAAGUUAGAAGAGUUUUACCAAGUUAUAAAAGCUACUAGAUUAGAUGUAAAACAGAUGCUUUCUUCAUGACUUUAGAAAAGAAACAGCAACAGUGACUCACUAAUAAAUGGUGUAGUGAGUUAUUGCUUUUUAUGAGUCUGUUCUAAAGUAGUUCAGUCUAAAAUAUUCACAAUAACUGUUAAUAAGCUGCAAUAGAGGUUGCCACAUCGGCCAGCUGUGUCUAGAUGUAAGAAAAUAAAUACGGUUAUGAUGAUUAUUCCUAGUAGAAAUCUUAAGGUUGAAUAUUGAGCCCUUUUUUGCAAAUUUUAAAAUAAAUUAAAUAAAAUCUUUUGGUAGAAAAAAACCCCUCCAUGCCCACACCUCCUAAUGUUUUGAGCUUUGUGUUGCAGAGUGUACACUACAAUAGUAAAUCUGGGUCCUUUACAGAAACACAAACAGUGGAUCCUUAAGGUGGCCUAAGGUCAAUGCGAUUCUAAUGGGCUAAGAUAUUAUGGAGUUUAAGUGUGAGUUUGUUUGUAAUGCUGCCACACUUGUGAGCACAAAUGGGUGCAGAAAAACAAACUCUUCCUCACUGUUUGUGUGAGUGAUGCAUCGCUGCAGAAACACAGAGGGAACUGGGCAAAAUAUGAGUUUGAGCAGACUGCACAGAUUUUUUUUCCUCUUUCUCUAAAAGGGCCGGGCGGGAUGCACUUUACUCAGCGUUUCCGGGUCACUUCCCCCUUCAGUGCUGGAGCCUCUCGCUGCUUUCUCCCUGUCACAGCCAUUCAAGGCCCGACGCCUUUAACCUGUUCAUUCACCCACUUAGUCUGCCCGCAGAUUGCUUGUUGUUUCAGCUAAAUUCCUGUCUUUUAACUUUGCUGUGUGCUCUGCUUAUUGUUAAAAAAAAACAGAAAGUUGUUUUUCUGAUGUCAAACUG